AAUCAUCACAAAAUAGAACAAAGAGCAAGAACCAAUAUUACCCUCGAUUCGUUUCUUCUGUUCUGACCCCCUUCCGCGUGGACAAAACAAAAGUAAAAGAUUCCUUCAAUAACGAGUCAUCGUUUGGAAUCUAAUUUAAUCUAAUCUAAAUCUAAAUAAAUACAAUUAUCACAAUCAUUAACACCAAUUAAUAAUAUCUCAUUCCCAAAAUUUCAAAAAAGCACCAACACCAUUUAUUUAUAUCCAACAACUCCUUUUCAUUCGUUCUUCAAUUCCUUGCAAAUUCAAAGGAGGAUCUCUCUUGCGUUAUCUCUAGGUUUUUGCUAUGGCUUCAAAACGGAUAUUGAAAGAACUCAAGGAUUUGCAGAAGGAUCCUCCAACUUCGUGCAGUGCUGGCCCGGUUGCUGAAGAUAUGUUUCAUUGGCAAGCAACAAUUAUGGGUCCUUCAGACAGUCCGUAUUCUGGAGGUGUUUUCCUAGUUUCUAUUCAUUUCCCUCCAGAUUAUCCCUUUAAGCCACCCAAGGUUGCAUUCAGGACGAAGGUAUUUCACCCAAACAUUAACAGCAAUGGAAGUAUUUGCCUUGAUAUAUUGAAGGAGCAGUGGAGCCCUGCUCUAACCAUUUCCAAGGUGUUGCUCUCUAUUUGUUCCUUGUUGACAGACCCAAAUCCCGAUGAUCCUUUGGUUCCUGAAAUUGCUCAUAUGUACAAGACAGAUAGGAACAAAUACGAGUCAACUGCAAGAAGCUGGACCCAGAAAUAUGCCAUGGGCUAAUAUGGUAUUUGUGAGGGAAUGCCACUUUUAUAGUGUCUUGGCCUAACAGCCUUUGUAUGAAAAAUUGUCUGUCUUCAAUAGUUCAAUUAAGGCCCCUCUAGUUGAGAAUGAAUUGGGGGAAACCAUUUCUUAUGUUGUUUGUAUUGCAAAAUGCAAAAGCUACUUCCAGAACAAUGAAAUGUAGCCUAAUUAAAAAUUUGUUCAAUGUGUUAACCAAUGUAUUAAAACUUAAAAGUAUCAUGAUUCACCUA